AAACUUGCUCCAAAAUGAGCACCAACGAAGCAGCAGCAUCUCAGGAGGAUAUAGCACUUGCUCAGGGAGCAGUUCUCGUGAAAUCAUGUCAAGUACCGGAUGGUUCAAUUCCGAUUCGCGGAUUCGAUUUCAGCACGGCUUCUGGUCCGGAUUUCUCGCUUUCCGCCAUUCUUUCGUCUUAUAUGAGCACAGGAUUUCAGGCAACACAUUUGGCUCAGGCUAUUCAGCAAGUAAAUCAAAUGCUCUCCCUCCGUGAUACUCCGUUGACUUGUGACGACGACGAGAAGCUUUUCCCAUAUCCAGAAGGUCGGCAAAAGAGAUCAUGUACUAUUUUCCUCGGAUACACGUCGAAUUUGGUGACCAGUGGGCUUCGUGAGGUACUCCGCUAUUGUGUCCAACGUAACCUAGUCGACUGUAUCGUAACAUCAGCGGGAGGCAUCGAAGAGGAUCUCAUCAAAUGUCUCAAACCUUCCUACCUCGGUACAUUCACAAUGGACGGUGCAAAACUUCGAUCGAAUGGAAUGAAUCGAGCCGGCAAUGUGCUCAUUCCGAAUGAUAAUUAUUGUGCAUUUGAGGAUUGGCUUAUGCCAAUUCUUGAUGAAUGUCUUGUUGAACAAGAGGAAAAGCAUCUCAAUUGGACACCGUCAAAGCUUAUUCAACGGCUUGGUGAACGGAUUGGUGAUGAAUCGUCGAUACUGUAUUGGGCGGCCAAGCAUCGGAUUCCCGUAUUUUGUCCGGCGCUUACUGAUGGGUCAUUGGGUGACAUGUUGUACUUCCAUUCGGUGAAAAGCUCACCUGGGCUUCGUGUGGAUAUUGUAGAGGACGUUCGACAUAUUAAUACAAUUGCUGUCAAAAGUUUCAAGACUGGAUCAAUUAUUUUAGGAGGAGGAGUCGUAAAACACCACAUCAACAACGCGAAUCUCAUGAGAAACGGCGCAGAUCAUACCGUCUACAUCAACACCGGCCAAGAAUUCGAUGGCUCCGAUUCUGGAGCUCAACCCGACGAGGCAGUGAGCUGGGGGAAGGUUAAGCCGUCGGCUGGAGCUGUGAAGGUUCAUGCUGAGGCGACACUUGUAUUCCCACUUUUGGUUGCUGAAACUUUUGCAAAACAUGAAGGACACAAGGAUUAGGAAUUUUUGCCAAAUUUUCCCCCAAUUUUUAAAACUAUUUUUUCAUUGUUACCUGUUUUGUUGACUUUUUCACUUGUUUGUUAUUUUCUUAAUACAGAUUCUUUAAU